AUGAUCGCCACGAUGGCGUACAUCAUCAGAAAUUGGGAGACAUAUGGAAAUGAGUUACUGAAGAAGUUCAACGAUCAACAUUAUCUCCUAGCGGCUCUCAAAGGUCUCAGAAAUGGUGUCGUGUAUGGAGCCCGAAUUCGUGCCCCGCAUGCGCUUGUGAUGGUGUUCCUUUUCGGCGAAGGAACGUUCGUCGAGAAACUGCAAACGAUCUCCCGUUUAACGAGAAUCCACGCCAUGAAUCUCGCAAAGUUCGUAUUUAGCUACAAGCUGAUCAGAGGAAUCCUUCAAAAAAUGGAAGGACGAGCCCAGGAAUGGCACUCCUUUGUUGCAGCCUUCGUCAUGGGUUAUUUUGUUUUCGGUGAUAAUAAUGCUGUAAAUAUGCAGGUCAGC